AUGAGGGCUGCUAGAUUCCACGGCCGCGGCGAUAUCCGCAUCGACCAGAUUGAGGAGCCCGUUUGUGGCGAGGGGCAGGUUAAGAUCCGCCCAGCAUUCGUUGGAAUCUGUGGAAGCGACCUCCACGAAUACCUCGCUGGCCCCAUCGUCAUCCCCACAAAACCGCACGCGCUGACAGGCAGCCAACUCCCCGUAACUCUCGGCCACGAAUUCAGCGGAACAAUCGAAGAGGUCGGAAGUGGCGUUACAGGGCUUAAAGUCGGAGACCGCGUCGCUGUACGGCCGAACCUGUCAGAUGGCGAUUGUCCGUCGUGUGUCUUUGGACGCCCGAAUUGUUGUCGCAAUCUGGGGUUUAUUGGGUUUAGUAGCAACGCCGGCGGAUUAUCAGACCAUGUCGCUGUCCCAGCAAAGCACGCGAUCCCGCUACCAGAAGGCUUUCCUCUUGAUCUCGGUGCCCUCGUCGAACCCCUCACAGUAGCCUGGCACGCCGUCUCGCGCAGCCCCGUCUCCAGCGCAAAAACCGCCCUGGUCGUCGGCGGCGGCCCGAUCGGCCUCGCCAUCGUCCAGGUCCUGAAAGCCCACGGCGUGCAAACCAUAAUCGUCGCCGAAGUCUCCGCGCAGCGCCGAACGUACGCAACGACCCUCGGGGCAACGCACGUCUUCAACCCGGUGACCGACGACAUCAUCUCGCGAAUCCGGGGGCUGACAAACAACGCGGGGGCGGAUAUCAGCUUCGAGUGUUCGGGCGUCCAGGCUGGAUUCGAUACGGCGAUGAAGGGGAUAAGGGUGCGGGGGACGACGACGAUUGUCUCGCUUUGGGAGGAGAAGCCGGUUAUCGAUGCAUUUGAUGUGGUUUCGUAUGAGAAGCAUGUGGUGGGCGCGGCGAUUUGUGACGAGGGGGAUUUUGAGAGGGUUAUUGAGGCUAUUGCGGAGGGGAGAAUUAACCCUCGGCCGAUGAUUACGAGCAAGAUUCGUAUGGAGGACGUUGAGGAGAAGGGGUUCAAGGCGUUAGUCAAUGAGAAGGAUAAACACGUCAAGAUUCUUAUUGAUAUUGAAGCUUAA